ACAGAACAUCACACAUCACCCCAGAGGAAAUAUUCUGUGGCUUGAAGCAUUGUUAUGUUUUACUAACCUAGCAUUUUUGUUGACAAUCAAAACUGCUACACACAUUUGUUAUUUCUGAUUUACUGAUGAAUAAGUACGUUAUAUUUAAUUGCAGAAUAAUACGAAUAUACGAAGAUAAGUGAGAAUGGAAGACGCUCAAGUGCUGCAGAAAAAGCUGUACUUUUUGGUGGAACAACUGCAAAAUAUGGCAGGCGAACUGCCCCCUAAAUAUCAAAUGAGAUUGCCGUAUGAACUGCUUUCGAGCCUAGCUAACUGUCUGCUCAACGAGACUGUGUUCGAAAUAGUAAAAGGCUUGCUGGAGAUUCAGCAUGUAACGGAACAGCAUCUUUUCCAGCAAAGGCUUCAAUUUAUUAACGCCAAAAAACAAGAAGAACAAGAGUUGUUGAAGAAAUAUGAAACAAAUUCCGACAAAAAAAUCGAAGUCCUUCAAAAAUUCAUGAUCGAACAAAAACAGGAAUUGAAGGAGUUCGAUAUGAAAUUAGUUCUGGAACUAGAUAGAAAAGUGACUAAUCAACAGGACAUUCUGGAGCAGGCUGGAGUUCCGGGCUUUUAUCGUACAAGCAAUCCUUUGGAAAUCAAAGUUCAGAUGCAUUUACUCGAUUUUCUUCUCAGGCUUAGUCAAAUGCAAAUGCCCGUCUGAGUUCUCAUGGCCCGCAAUUGUAAUGAAUAAGAAGCUACUUGACUACAUGCAGUCAAUCCCUUUAUCACUUAGAAUAAUCCAAGGCAAAACACUUUAUUAUGGAAAGAAGUCAAUAAACUUUCAAUAGCCAGUCGGUGUCGGUAGUGACAUUCCAGUCUAAUUAAGUAUGUUAAAGGUCGGACUACGGGUUAAAAACUGAAUUAAUGUGGAUAGAAAUGUGUGAUUCAAAUAUUUAAUAGUCAAAAUUUGGCUGAUGUGGGCAUGUCUAUGCAAUUUAUGUUAAAUGAAGAUUGUAAUUUUGAGAUUAUGUAAAGAUAAAAAGUACUUAAUAAUAAAAUAACUGAACUACGGCAGAAA